GGAGCCGCGGAGGGGGAGGGGAGGCGAGGCGGCGGCCGCGGCCCUGACAGCUGUCACCGCCCGGUCACUGCUUCCUCGGGCAGGCGGCGGGGAGCGCGGCUCGGCCGGGCGGCCCGGGUCCCGCAGCUCUGUCCCGGACGGCAGCUCUGGAUCUCCGGGACCCUCGGGGACGCAACGGACCCCGAGCGGGGUGCACCGGUCUUCAAGCGGGGGAUCCCGGACGCCCCCGCCCCAGCCCUGCUGGAGGACGCAGGCGACAGAAGACCGUGUCCAACUGCCUGGGCCACUCCCCGAAAUCUCGCCCCUGUCAAAAAACAAAACCCACUCCAAACCAAAGUUCCGUCGGGCCUUUCCCGGCUUUGCCUACCUGCCUUCCUUAGGAGGAAGACCAUCUAGGGGGUGAGGAGGGAAAACGAGAGGCCUUCUGGCACUCUUGCCUCAAAUACAACCCGGUGUUUGGCAGCUACGAAUCAGUGGUUUCUGCCAGCUGUUAGAGGAGAUAUCCCUCCAGGCUGUGCUGCCCAUGGAUUUGUCUGUGAUGGUACCAGAAUAUUAGUAUUUGGGGGUAUGGUUGAAUAUGGAAGAUACAGCAAUGAGUUAUAUGAGUUACAAGCAAGUCGUUGGUUAUGGAAAAAAGUGAAACCCCAUCCCCCUCCUUCUGGUUUACCUCCUUGUCCUCGGCUUGGACAUAGCUUCUCUUUAUAUGGUAACAAAUGCUAUUUGUUUGGUGGCCUGGCAAACGAAAGCGAAGAUUCAAACAAUAAUGUUCCCAGAUAUUUAAAUGAUUUUUAUGAGUUGGAGCUACAGCAUGGCUCUGGUGUUGUGGGUUGGAGCAUUCCAGUGACUAAAGGGGUUAUGCCUUCUCCAAGAGAAUCCCACACAGCUGUUAUAUAUUGCAAAAAAGAUUCUGGAGGUCCGAAAAUGUAUGUUUUUGGUGGAAUGUGUGGUGCUCGCCUGGAUGACCUAUGGCAGCUUGACUUAGAAACUAUGUCAUGGUCAAAACCAGAAACUAAAGGGACAGUGCCACUUCCACGAAGCCUUCAUACAGCCAGUGUUAUAGGAAACAAGAUGUACAUUUUUGGUGGAUGGGUCCCACAUAAGGGGGAAAAUACUGAGACUUCACCUCAUGAUUGUGAAUGGAGAUGUACCAGUUCAUUUUCUUACCUAAAUCUGGAUACAACAGAGUGGACCACCCUAGUAUCAGAUUCUCAGGAAGAUAAAAAAAAUUCAAGACCAAGACCAAGAGCUGGCCACUGCGCUGUUGCAAUUGGCACUCGAUUGUAUUUUUGGAGUGGAAGAGAUGGCUACAAAAAAGCACUGAAUAGUCAAGUUUGCUGCAAGGAUCUUUGGUAUCUUGAUACUGAGAAACCACCAGCACCAUCUCAAGUACAGCUGAUCAAAGCCACCACCAACUCCUUUCAUGUCAAGUGGGAUGAAGUGUCUACAGUUGAGGGCUAUCUUUUGCAGUUGAGUACGGACUUGCCAUACCAAGCUGCAUCAUCAGAUUCUUCAGCAGCACCAAAUAUGCAAGGAGUCAGGAUGGACCCUCACAGACAAGGCAGUAAUAACAUCGUUCCUAACAGUAUCAAUGAUACAAUAAACAGCACAAAAACUGAACAGCCAGCCACAAAAGAAACUUCAAUGAAAAACAAACCAGACUUUAAAGCACUGACGGAUUCUAAUGCCAUUUUAUAUCCAUCUUUGGCAUCGAAUGCUUCUAAUCAUAAUAGUCAUGUGGUGGAUAUGCUAAGGAAAGAUGAAGGUCCUCACACUUCAGCAAAUGUAGGUGUUCUAAGUAGUUGCCUGGAUGUAAGAACAGUAAUUCCUGAAACUUCUGUAUCCAGUACUGUUUCCAGCACACAAACUAUGGUAACCCAGCAGACCAUUAAAACUGAAUCAUCCAGUACAAAUGGGGCAGUUGUUAAAGAUGAAACUUCACUAACAACAUUCAGUACCAAAUCUGAAGUUGAUGAGACAUAUGCACUGCCUGCAACGAAGAUCAGCCGUGUAGAGACACAUGCUACAGCAAUGCCGUUUUCUAAAGAGACUCCUUCAAAUCCAGUGGCCUCAAUGAAAGCAGGAGAACGACAAUGGUGUGAUGUGGGAAUUUUUAAAAAUAAUACAGCUUUGGUGAGCCAGUUUUAUUUGCUGCCAAAAGGGAAGCAAAGCAUCUCAAAGGUAGGAAAUGCAGAUGUACCUGACUACAGCUUGCUUAAGAAACAAGAUCUUGUUCCAGGCACAGGAUACAGAUUCAGGGUUGCUGCAAUCAAUGGUUGUGGUAUAGGUCCUUUCAGCAAAAUCAGUGAAUUUAAAACUUGUAUUCCUGGUUUUCCUGGAGCUCCUUCUGCAGUCAGAAUUUCAAAGAAUGUUGAAGGUAUCCACCUUUCCUGGGAACCUCCAACUUCACCUUCUGGAAAUAUUUUGGAAUAUUCAGCCUACUUGGCUAUCCGCACAGCACAGAUACAAGAUAAUCCAAGUCAACUUGUGUUCAUGAGGAUUUAUUGUGGUCUUAAGACAUCAUGUACAGUAACUGCUGGGCAACUUGCAAAUGCACAUAUUGAUUAUACAUCCAGGCCUGCCAUUGUGUUCAGGAUAUCAGCAAAGAAUGAAAAGGGAUAUGGACCAGCUACACAAGUUCGGUGGCUUCAAGGUAACAAUAAGAAAGCACCUUUAAAUUGAAUUUUUUUUUACUGAAGCUAUUGUGAUUAUGAUUAUUUAUUAGUAACUGGUUAUGAAGAUUUGUCAUUUAAAAGAGUAUUCUCUGACUGUAUUUCCAGCAGUUAUGAACUUAAGUUUGUAAAUUGUUCUUAAAAUGUAUUUGCUGAAUUAUAGAUCCAAAUAAAAGAAAAGAAGCAAAGACUCUCUGAAAAUUAGUAUAUGAGUUCUUCCUUACAGAUAUAGCUCUUUUAUAAAGAAAAACAGUGAAAUUAAGAUAAAAGCUAGAAAGCUUUAUUACCCCAAUAUAUUUUAUAAGGGCUAUGUAACCCAGUCAUCCUAGAGUUAUUGAGAUAAUUCUAGUAACUGGCUGUUGUAUACUAUGCUGUCUUAUAUAGUGAAUGUUCUCUACUUUGUUAAUGUCCUAUCUUUGAGUACUCCCUCUAUCUUUAUUCUAUAUGAGCAGUGUUCCUCUAACAGCUGUCUUCUAUUGGAUAAUAUGUGUGAUACUAUAAUAAUUCUAGUAGUUGUUUGAUUCCUUUCUUUGUUUACAGUUAGCACAGAGCUUAAGAAAUUAAAAAAGAAAGAGGCAAGUUUAGAAACUGCUUUUGAACUUUUAUUAUUUUCCAAGAAUCAUGGUAAAAUACAAUAAGAACAAUGAGUUUUCUUGAUUCUUACCAGGCCAAUAUAUUUGAAUAUAUUUUUGGCCAAAGCACUUAACUUAUCUGGCCCUCAUUUUCCUCAUAACAGAUGAGAGAGUGAAAACCGUUUAUCUUUUAGGUCCCUUUCAGCACUAAGGUUUUGUGUUUUUAGUAGAAGUGAAAUAUAUCCCUGAACAUUUUCAUCUGUCUUAAUGGCUCUAAUUUUGCUUUUGCUAAAAUUAAAAUCUUCAUAAUUGAAUUCAAAAUUAAAGUAUAUGUCCUCCUACUGGAGAAAGAAACAAGCACCUUAACAGGACACAAGUUUUAAAAUGGUGUUUUAAACAUUUGUAAGAUUUUUGUAAAUGCUCUAAAUGUUUUAUUUUUGCAUUGUUUUUACCUUGAAAUUGUAUAAACUUUUUUACUAUGAAAAUAUAAGCAUUAGACAGCUAACUCAGGUUCCAUUACAACCUUAAAGAUACAGAUAGGUAUUAUAAACACUCUGCUACAGGUAACUUGUUUUAAACUUUUUAGGAAUUUCAUGGUUCCACUGCCUAUUUAAACCUGGAAUUAAUAUACAGAGCAAUAAUUGCAGAAAAGAUAUUUCAAACUAAGAGCUUCAAUAACUGCAGGGGCACAGGUCUAUCUUUUUUUAUACCACAUAACCUUAUGCCAGUUUAGGUUGACUGAGUAGCUAUGUCCUCAAAUUUCAUGUAUAAUACCCCCCAGCAAAGAUGGAUUUAAUUGUGCAGAAUUGAUAUAUAUGUGUGUUCCAGUUACUAAUUUAAAGUGUAUAGAAUAUUUUAAUAUAUAAUUUUUGUAAAGAACUGGGAUUUUUAUACUACAGUAUUUGUAAUUAAUGUGUCUCACUAAUUAAGUUUCUCUUGAAGAAAAUAUGCAAAUUGUUAGACACAUAAUAAGUGGUUUCCAAACUCUAAAGAUAAAAUAAAUGCACUACUAUGGUGUUGUUAGAAUACCUUUUUUGUGGCUGUAUGAAUCUUUACUCUUUAAAUGUGUACUUUACAAUGUUUACAAGGAGCUUCUCUGGUUUGUUAUCCCAGCAAUGCCCUUGGUGAGAGCUUCAUUCUGCAUUUGUUUAAUUCAUAUGCUUUGCUUUUGGCAUAUGCUUGCUUUUUGCACUAGUAGAAUUUUAACUUACCUCAUUAUUAUGUUUGUAAUCAUUUGUCUAGCUUCUGUAAUGUGUCUGAUAUAGGCUAAACAAAUACUUAACCAAAGUUAAAAUACAUGAUAAGCAAUUUUGCACAUAUUAAAUAUUAGGGUUUGUUGUGUAUAUGUGUAUACUUAAUUAUAAAAAGAAAAUGAAUGGAAAGUUAUACUAAAAGUAUAUGUUUGAAGCCCAAUUAUUUUAAAGAUCUAUUGCUUUAAUAGAAAAAGUUUGGCUUUCAACGCUUUCUUUUCUGCAUUAAUUAACAACGUGCAUCUUGAAGCACUUCUAAUGACAAGGAAUAAGUUGAUUUUAAGCAAAGGAUAGAAUAUUUGUUUGAGUGUGCACAUUUAUACCUGUUUAGUGUUUAGUAUUUGAUUCAGUUUACUUUGCUUAAAUGCCUCCACUCUUCUGGACCAGGAGGUGAUUCUGAACCUGUGGUUCUAACAUAUGACUUACUUUUUAGAGGGAAGAGAAGUCUUUCUAUACUGAGGGAUUUGUUAAAAUGAUAAAUGUUUUUGCCUUGAUACUUAGCCCAGAUUCUUUUUUUUUCUUUUUUUGGCAUUUGUACGUUAAGCACCAGUCGUAUUUAUCUCUGUGAUAAGGGAUUGGUGACUAAAAAAUGCCAUUAAGAAAUCUGUGGCUUUGACAUUAGUAGUUAAUAAGAGAUCUUAGAGCUGUGUGCUGAUGAAUAGAAUGAAUUGGAGUAAAUAGCAAAAGAAGUGCAUUUAGCUUCUUAUGAUUUGCACAUUUUCUAAGUGAAGAUCCCUCUGUGUAGCAGUAGGCUGUAUCAUGCAGAUAUUUUUCAUAGGAUUUGCACUGAGUUAAAUGACUUUCUUUACUCUUCCCAGCUGGGUAAGCAAUUCAAAUGUAACAGCCUUUGUGCCAGUCCUCUUCUGUGUUCUGCAACUCUGGCUCUCAUAAAUAGUAAAAGUAUUUUUGAUGUUGCAUGCUCUCAGAAUUAUGUUUUCUAAAAUAUCAUAUUGGCUUCAUUUUAGUUUAAUAAACUUCUUUGGCAACUUAAUUAGACAUAGGGUAUAUAUAAACUCAAUUUUAUCUGCAUUUUUUAAAAAAUUGAAAUAAUCUGAUUGCAUGUAUGAAGGACUCCUGCCUCAUUACCCAAUUACAUAAAUACAAUUAUCUAUAGGAAGGCGAAAUUGUUGAUCUAUUAUUUCAAAGACUUGUAGACUAGCAAAGAUUCAUUCUGAUUAGAAAUAAGGUCUAUAGCUAAAGAUAUUUUUAUUUUAAAAAAUUACAGCCCUUGUAACAUAAAAAUCAUUUGUAACAUUGGAUAUGAAGAGCUUAUUAGUAUUUAAAAUUAUUGUAGUCAUUUGAUCGUAAAUGAAGUAGAUUGCAAAAUAGACUUGGUCUUUGACCCUUUAAGGUGUAAUUGACUGACUGUUGUGUUUUCCAAGACUGAUUUUAGGCAGUUUUAUGUAUCGUGUACCAAUGAUAUGUAAAAUAAAGCACCUUUUCUACUAUAAACAA